ACUGCCCUCUAACAAUAAUUGCUAGCUUUUAAUCCGAGACAGACAAUGUGCUAGAGACAGUCUGAGCGAUCAUGAGUUCUCCGCGAUCUUUUACCACAGCCGCCGAGUCUCAUUCUAGUCCGAAGUCGAAAAAAGGAAGUUCACCUGCAAUAGCCAGCUCCUACGAGAGCCCGUCAAAACGCAGCAAGAAUACACAUUCACAUUUCUACCGGCCGGUGAAGAAACUGCCGUACGAACUAUUGAACCAUGCAUAUGUCUAUAUGAGCGAAGAAGGCUAUUCAGAAGCCAUAUCCCUACUGACAAAGUUCCUAGAAGCUGGCUAUGGUGCCUCGGAUGCUCAACAUCCUUCAUCUGCCUUAGUACCUCCCGGGCAAUACAUUUCUCUGCUAGCAACCCUCAUUGUUCAUCCCAAAUAUUCUACUCACGCAAAGUCCGCCGACGCAGCAGAGGUAUGCCUGAAAGCCACUACAUAUAUACGAUCACUUGCCAGGAUAGUGGGCUCGAUAAAUGUCAACCUAUCUGAGCUAUUCAAAUUCCCGGACGAUGGAUCUAAUCGUCGUAGUUACAAACCAACAGACGAUGUUCUUGGUGGAGGCCUAAAACUUCCCCAGAGAAUAGCAAACUCAGGGUCGCUUUGGGUAUCUGCGACAAGUUUCUGGCAAGUCGUUGGCUGGGCUUUCAACUGCUCUGUGCGAAACAAGCUACGAUGGACGCGGUGGAGACAAUUCCUGGAAGUGAUGGUCGACGUUAUGGAGGAUGACUGGGCUGCAAGACUGGCGCAAGUGGACGUCGUAACACAGGACACCCAGGGCGAUAUCCUUCAAAAAAGCCUAGUGUGGUCUUACAUGAGACCUGAGAGCCCCGGUAGCAGUACAGGAAGACGGAAAAUCCUACGCGCCAUCUUCGCUGAUGGCUCAAAGAAGUCGCGUCAGUUGUACCGCGAGGUGUUCUAUGGAGAGUCCGAACCGCCUAAGGGGGAGGACACGCAGUCCAAGGGCCGACUUAAAAAGAUCAACAUUGACGAAAAUGAUUUUGGGGACUACGAAACAGAUAGCGACAAUGAUGAGACCGAUGAGGCUUUAGUGAAAAGGACAAGGGCCUCGAGAGGACGCAGUUCAACACUUGAGGAUGACAGCGAAUUCGACGAAGAUCUGGAACAGCUCACAGGUGCGGACAUCCUAGGCGGUAUCGAAGCGUUGAGAUUACGACAACGACUUCUAGAUAUAAUGUCAGAAGUAUCCUUUCAUUUGCCGAAAUUGAUGACGGACCAAGCAGAACUCUUUGACAAUAUAACCGAGUUCAUGAAUCCCCUGCCUUGUUCCGUUUACCCGUCUCUACUAUAUUGGCCAAGCAUGUCGCUGCACACCCAAAAUCACUUGAACUCCGUCCUAUUAUUCGACAUCGUCAGACGCUCGUUCCCCCCCAAGGAGAUCAACGUGUACGCCCCAAGCGUCGCACAUAUCAAAGAACACUACCUUCCAUCAUUCGCCAAAACCCAAAGUCUAUCCAACCACGCCAAGGUUGUCGUAAUCCUAGAAAACAUCCUUUGCAACCUCAUUCGCCGCAUGAAGCUUGACUCCGAGCUCCGAGCCGACGUUCAAGAAUCUGUCGAAAAUGGUAGUUUUCGGAUCUCCAUGAGCGAUGGCAUUGCUCGACGUGAAAAGCGAGCCCUCGGAGACGGGCGAGUGAAAGGCAAGGGCCUGGAAGGCGAAGAAGCGCUUGGCAGAAAGCUUCUGGACGCCAGCACGAUGAGACUGCGUCUCCAUAUGGAUAUGCUAGAGAGUAGUAAGUGCUAUGGACGCAGUAUGAUGACGGUGCCAAAGACGCCGUCACGCGCGAGGUAUGUGUUGAUUGAGACCCCGACGCCACAAAAACGCAAAUUAUUCACGGAUUAUCUUCCUCCUUCGAGUCGGCGGACAUCAUCCUCACUCAGUGUGCUGAGCGAAACACCAGAACUACCAUCUACACCAAGGGCGAGCGAGAGUGGAGACGAUGGAGGUGAAGCUGAUGAUCGAAUGCGAUAGUCACGAGACCACCGCCUUUGCUUUAACACUUUGACGUCCGAGCGAGCGAUAUCUAAUGAACAUUGGCAAAUGUGGCCCAUUUUGCGAUACCUCACAAGAAUAUCGAUAAAGCGAAAUGGACCAGGUUGCUGUGCUUUAUAGCACCUGCAGGUAAAAGUUCAUAAAAUGAAGGGUACCCGUAAAGAUCAUAACGAUGAA